UUCCGGCGCGCUGCGGCUGCCAGGGCGGUGGACGCGGACGGGCACCGGGCAGAGGCCAGUGGAGCCGGUAGUGCCUAGCUGGCAUCUCGGCCAGGGCAGGAAGCCCGGGUGCACCACCGCGUCUGGGCCAGCACGAUGCCGUUCCUGCACGGCUUCCGGAGGAUCAUCUUCGAGUACCAGCCGCUGGUCGAUGCCAUCCUGGGCGCCCUGGGCAUCCAGGACCCCGAGCGGCAGGAGCCCCUGGACGGGCCCCAUUACCUAGCCAGCGAGGAGAGCCGGCUGCAGGUCCUUGGGGAGCUGCUGGAGAAGAAGGCACACUCCCCGUUCUACCAGGAGGGCGUGAGCAACGCGCUGCUCAAGAUGGCCGAGCUGGGGCUCACGCGGGCAGCCGCCGUCCUCCUGCGCAGCGGGGCCAACCUCAACUUCGAAGGCUGGGCCCUGGGGCUGACGGCAGCACUGCCUCCUGCAGACCCCGUCACCUACUACACGGCCCUGCACAUCGCAGUCCUUCGAAACCAGCCUGACAUGGUAGAGCUGCUGGUGCGACAUGGGGCUGACAUCAACCGGAGGGACCGGAUCCAUGAGAGCAGCCCCCUGGACCUGGCCAGCGAAGAACCUGAGCGCCUGCCGUGUCUGCAGCGCCUGCUGGAGCUGGGAGCCGAUGUCAAUGCAGCCGACAAGCAUGGGAAGACAGCCCUGCUGCAUGCUCUGGCCAGCAGCGACGGUGUGCAGGUCCACAACACGGACAACAUUCGGCUCUUGCUGGAGGGAGGUGCAGAUGUCAAGGCCACCACCAAAGACGGGGACACUGUAUUCACCUGCAUCAUCUUCCUGCUCGGGGAGACCGUGGGUGGGGACAAGGAAGAGGCCCAGAUGAUCAACCGCUUCUGCUUCCAAGUCACGCAGCUACUGCUGGCGCACGGAGCCGACCCCAGCGAGUGCCCGGCCCACGAGUCUCUCAUGCACAUCUGCCUCAAGAGCUUCAAGCUGCACUUCCAGCUCUUGCGCUUCCUGCUGGAGUCAGGGGCCUCCUACAACUGCUCCCUGCACGGCGCAUCCUGCUGGUCUGGCUUCCACAUCAUCUUUGAGCGGCUCUGCUCACACCCAGGGUGUGCCGAGGAUGAGAGCCACGCAGACCUCCUGCGCAAGGCAGAGACGGUGCUGGACCUCAUGGUGACCAACUCCAGGCGGCUCCAACUGCCCGCGAACUUUGACAUCCGCCCGGUGGGCAGCCUGGCUGACAAGAUCCAGGCCCUGCACUACUCCCUGCGGCAGCUGGAGCUCCGUCCCCCACCCCUCAAGCACCUGUGCCGGGUGCACAUCCGGCUCCACCUGCAGCCCUGGCCUGUGGACGCCAAGGUCAAGGCCCUGCCCCUGCCCGACAGGCUCAAGUGGUUUCUCCUCAGCGAGCACAGUGGUGUGGCCGAGGAGGACAGCUGAUGGGAGUGGCCCGGCACAGGGUCUGGGCCUCGUGCAUCAGCCUGAGGGUGGGGUCCGUCCCAUGACGAAGCCUGGGGGAGUCUGCACCCCUUCCUCCAUGGGGGUGGAGCGGCUGGACAUGUGCAGAGGCAGGCAGCGUGGAGUCCAGGCCCACCCAAGCUGGGGCUGGGGUCCGGAAGCCCCUCCACGCCACACCGUCAUUCAUGGAGUGCUUUUGGGUGAACAGGGGAGAAGACACCCAGGGCCACUCCAGGCUGGUCUUCCUGGAGGUGCCAGGAACCACCACCGGCCACUGCAGGUCUGGAGGUGGUGUCUUCUGCUGGAUGUGGCAAGGCUGUCCUUUCCUAAGGGUUCCCCAGGUGGCCACUAGGCCUGCAACUGCUGCGUGGUCUAGCACCACGCCCUCAAGCCACAGGGUGGGUCAUGGCGAAUUGUGCAAAAGCCUCUGGGCAGCGCUGAGGUUGCUAAACAAUAUAUUUAUAUCACAGAUUAAACUGAUUCUCUUGGCCAUGGGGUCCUUGCGUAGUGUUCCAGCCCCCUCCUUCCCUGUCUGGGAUGAAGGACCCAGCAU